AUGAAAACCUACAACGCCGCUCGCGCCCGUGGAGCACCGGAGCGCGACUUCGAGAGCUUGAGGCGCAAGUUCAAGACGCUGUAUAGUGCUCGCAAGCCGACGGGCAUGCCGGAGAUGCCGCCACACAUCAAACGCGCCAAGGAGGCCAAGCAGGCCAUUGACGACAAGGCCAAUGUCAUCGAGAUCGACGACGAGGCCGACAGCGACCAGGGCUUCGUGGAGCCCGACUUCUCGUUCGAGGCUGACCCCGACGACGACGACUUCUUCGAGGGCGGUGAAGGCGACAACGUGCAGCAUGAUGCCGAGGGUGGCACCGGGCACGACGAGCCCCUCGACACGGAUGGCUCCGUUACGGGCGACUCCAGGAGCUCCAGCGCCCCACCCAGUCGAGGCGGGUUCCAAGAGCUGCUGGCGGCACCACUUGCCAGCGAUGAGCUCGGAGCCCAAGCUCGUACUUCGCGUCCGGCGCCGCUUCGAGCACCUCAAAAUGGCCGGCAGUCUGGCUCUGGGGGGCCACCCAAGCAACGCAAGAGCCCUUCCACCGUAGUUGCCAUCGACGGCGGUCUCUCGACGGGAACGCCAGUCGACCAAGGACGAUCGCCAGGGAACCCGAAGAAGGUCACCAUGUACAAGACCUCCUCGAACCGCCUCGGAGGCACCGAUCUUACCAGUUUCCGGGAUGCGGUGGGCGCCAAGCGCACCUUCGAGGAGGACAAGGAGACGCUGGAGGCCAGCUUCGCAAAGGCCAAACGCAUCAGGGGCAUGAAGACCACCACCGCGCUCAAGAACAAGUUGAGCGGCCUUGAAACCAACGCCCACACCAUGGGUGGCAGCAUCAUGGAGACGAUCCUGCUGCUACGCGAGGAGAACGAACGGAAGGCCGAGGCGCGUCGUGCCGACGAGGAGAAGCGGCGUCGCGAGGAAAAGGGCGAAGCCAAGGCCGAAGCGGAGGAGCGUCGUCGCCGAGAGAAGCUGAGAUGGAGGAGCGCGCUCGCCGCGAUGGCGAGGAGGCGCGUGUGCGCACCCAGGAGUUGCUGA